AUGCCGUACUACGCGCACCCGAAGAUGGCGAGUAGGGUGGACCCCAGGCAGGGACUACUUUCCGCGGCGACGGCUGCAGCACUGUGGGGCCAACAGCACCCACACCAUCAGUACCACCAGCAGCGACAGCACGAGCAGCUUGGUGGGAUGAAGAUGCAGGAACCGCACCAUCAGCAGCAUCAGCAGCAUCCCUUCUCAUACAUCUUCGUUGGUCGCCGCACCUUCUACCUCCUCAGCCUCACAGACAUCCUGCGGCUGAGGGCCACCUGCACGUGGCUCAGGUGUCUCUUCCGAGCGCCCCAGCUGAGAGUUCGGCUCCGCCACUCUGUCGGCUCACAGGCGGGGCUGCGGCGGCUGGUCAAUGGACAGCAGGUGCAGCUGGUGCGGUUCGACGACGACCACUUCGGCGUGUGUGAUCUGCUGGCGGCUGUGUGUGUGAUGGAGGAGGGGGACUGGAUGGAGAUGGGCGAGGUGAUUGAGCUGGCGGGGCAGUGCGGCCACUGUGACCUGCCCGUCAUCCUCACAGCCGAUGACAUUCGCACACACGCCAGCAAGACGGUAAGGCACACACAGAGGGGCGGGAGAGAACAGAGAGGCCUCAUCCCCUCUCUGUCUGUCUGUCUGUGGUGUGGUGUAGGCGUAUAGAUCGGUAGCUCGUGUGUUGGCGCAGCUGAUGGUGGUCGGCCGCCACGUGGCCUUCGGUGACGGCAGCUGCCUGCAGAUCUUCCGCCAUGGCAAUGGUGAGGUGCGGGCCAUCAGGGACGAGCCCUUCUUCCGGCUGCAGGUCAACCCGCCCCUCCCCGCCCACCAUCUCUAUCAGCAGCAUCGACAGCCACACGACCCACCAGUGAACGGCGGCUUCAUCUACUCGGACGGAUGGGGGCCGACCGGUCUCCCGUACACCGAUGCGUCGGUGUCGUCGUUUGCUAAGGACAUGGUCCUCAACCACUUCAGCGAGACUCACCAGACCAAUCGCACAUCGAGUGACCUUGACAGGUAACACACUCCAAUGGCACCAGUGGGUGAGAGGGGUGCGUGUUUGAUUGUGUGUGUGUGUGUGUGUGGUUGGUUCAGGCGUGUUGGUGGCGGCCGUCUGGAUGGCCUCCUCACACAAUCGCCCCACACACCGGUGGCCGGAUGCACCACCACACUCAGCUACGACGGUGAUUUCCGAUGGCUGGUGCUCACCGCCGGCAGCCACAACUUCGUCGCAUGGAUUUCCAUCACCGGAUUAGUAAACAACGAUGGGAAGGGAGACAGAGAGGCAGCUCUGCUGGUUAAGUGUCGCGUUCUCUUCUUCCCCUUGUGUGCAGUGGGUGUGCGUGUCGAGACCACUGAGGCGCCUGUGUGUGCGAGUGGUCCCUUCAAAGACCGCUUCCCUCUCACCACUCAGCUGGCCCGUGUGGCGCUGGGAGCGGUGGCGCCAUACGUCUUCGACGGACAAGUACAGCAGCAGCAGCAGCAGCAGGAUGACGACAACGGUACGGACACACACAUGGAUGGAUGGAUGGAUGGAUGACGUGCCUUCCCUCUCUGUGUGUGUGGUCUGCAGAUUCCGAGGAUGGUGCUGAUGAGGGUGAUACGAAUGACGGCAGCGGAGAAGGCGACGGAGGUACACAGCCACACGCACCACAGAGGACCUCACAUUGGCCUGAAUGACUUUCAUUUGUGUGUGUGUGUCCUGUGCACUCGACAGGCGAGGGUGGCGUAGCUGAGGCGGAGAGCGGCAACUGAUCCAUCCGUCAAUACUGGUGAGCUCGCAGCGAUUCACUUAGGCCAUGUGGCUGAUGUUGCCCUGAUGAGUGUGCGUCUGUGUGUGUCAUCAGGAGGGUGUUGGUUGCGUGCCGGCUGUCGUCAUCUCUGCAGGCGAUCCAUGUGUGUGCACGAUGGAUGAAUCGCAUAUCGCUCACUCUGCAGACAUACAGACCAGCUGCUGAUAUGUGACCGAAUGGCAGCUGUGUGGGUGUUGUGCUGAAGAGUUCCAUGCCUCUCUGAUGCAUGCGUUGCAUGAAUGAAUCGGCCCGUGCGUCCCUAUUCUGUAUGCGCAGCCCUUUGCGCAGCGACGCUCGCGAUAGUGGCGGGGCCGGGAGAGGGAGAGGGAGAGAUGGACGGCCAGCGCCAGGUGCGGGGCGACCAAGGGGAGAGCGGAGAGCGACAGACAGAC